AUGCAGGUAAUGCCCGACUCACGCCAGCAAAGUUUCGAAGAGAUCUACGGUCCACCUGAGAACUUUCUGGAGAUUGAGGUAAAAAACCCAAGAACUCAUGGAAUGGGAAGGAACAUGUAUACCGAUUACGAGAUUGUUUGCCGGACAAACAUUCCUGCUUUCAAGCUCCGUCAGAGUGGCGUUCGAAGACGUUAUUCGGACUUCGAAUACUUUCGUGACAUACUGGAAAGAGAGUCUGCGCGUGUAACAAUCCCACCCUUGCCCGGAAAAGUCUUCACCAAUAGGUUCAGUGAUGAUGUUAUCGAACACCGGCGUGAAGGCCUCCAGCGCUUUUUGCAGAUUGUUGUAGGUCAUCCGCUCCUACAAACUGGAAGUAAGGUAUUAGCAAGUUUUGUACAAGAUCCAAAUUGGGACCGGAAUGCUUGGUAA